AUGUCUACAACCAAUACAACUUCUCCCAGUGCUGUUUCCUCUCCUCUAUCUUACUCUGCUGUUCUUCAGCAACCCCCUCUUCCAUCCACCUCACUUAUUAAAGUUAUUCCCACGACCGUUCCAUUAGUCAAUCCCGACGGCUCGUUUACCAUAUUCUCUUGGAAAAACACCAAGUCGUCGCUUACUAACAAACCUUUUGUAGGUCGUGUCCCCCCUGACACGUCCUCUCCUAACAGUCUUUUUAUUGAUCGUAAAGCAAACAACAUAUCUGAUAAUGCUAUCAAAUCUUUUUUCCGUAAUGAUCUCCUUGGUGUUGCCUUUUUUCCGGCUGAUCGCUUUCUCCAACUCACUUUCAAUGAUACUACUACUUAUGAAAAAUAUCUCUCCUUAACCUCUGUCAUUAUCAAUGACAAACGCAUUUACUUUACACCACCCAAAUCUGUCCCUAGACGUUCUAUUGUAGUUCACUUACAUGGUUUACCCAUAAUGCCACGUGAUACGAUCAAUAAUGCAAUCACAAAUGCUCUUUCCCCUCAUUGUACUGUUAAAGAAAUUGCUCCUGUCCUAAUCUCUGAUACCAAUCUCUUAACUCCAAAAUGGGAUGCAGUUGUUGAACUCAUUCCAGACAAGGAAAUCCCAGUACACCUAACAAUUCUCAAUUCUUCAGUUGCUCUUACAUUCUUGAAUUCUGCAUCAAUUUGCCUCUACUGCCAUAAACAAGACCACAUGAAUAGCAAUUGUCCUCUCCGUCCUCAUCCACGUCCUAACCCAAGAAAAACUUAUGCAUUUACUAGCUCUCAAAAUCAAUCAAAUACUAACACUAAUACUAACCUUAAUGUCUCUCAAGCAACUAUGAAUAUUGAUCCUCAUUCUUCUACUACUAAUGUAACAUCAUUGUCACAAAAUUCCCUUCAAUCUUCCAUUCAUGCUCCUAAGAUCCCAGAAAUGCUAAAUGAAUCUGAUAAAAAAGAUUACAUUGAUAAUGAUCUUUCCUCUUCUUCCUCAUUCUCAAAUACAUCUGAUAAUAAUAAUGUCAAUAUUAAUACCAAUAGUUCCUCACAAGACAACUCCAUGGAUAUUGAAACUGACAAUAAUGAUGAUAAUAAUACAGAUACUCAAACUUAUGAAGUUGUUACUAAUCAUCAUUCUAAACUUCGCAGUAGUAGUAGAUAUACUAACUCUCAUGCUUCUCUCUCCUCCCCAUACCCUACUAAUACUAAUCGUUCUCCCCAAAACAAACAGUAA